CCCCUCGCAGCCCCUCCUUUCCCUUCACUCUAGUAGAAGAGACAGAUCAUCUACAGGCACCCAGACAGUGUGGACGCGGACAGAGACAACCUUCAGGAAGAUGCACGCGCUGCUGCUGCUGCUGCUGCUGCUGGGCUUUGUGGCGAUGACCACUGCUCAGCCCCAGUGUGACCCACUGACUGAACAUGAGCUGGAUGGCCAAUGCUGCAAAAUGUGUGGUCCAGGGACCAGAAUGUCGUCAUCAUCCCCCCCCAGCUCUUGUCAGGAUCCUCAGUGCGUAGACUGUGGGGACAAUGAAUAUCAGGAAAAAUACACAAAGGAAACCAAGUGUCAACGUCAGCCAUACUGCGACCCACAUAAAAACUUUCAGACUGCUGUCCAUAAAAGCAAGAAGAAACAAAGCCCCUGUGUGUGUAAAGAGGGAUUCCACUGCUCCAGUAAAGAAUGCAUAACCUGUGUGCCGCACACACCCUGUAAACCAGGGUACGGGGUUCAAAACAUAGCCACCCAUAUGGAGGACACAGUGUGUCAGAAAUGCCCUGAAGGGACGUUUUCCAACGACAGCUCAUGGCACAGUGUCUGUAUGGAAUGGACAGAAUGUGAGAGUGGAUACCGUAUUCGACAAAGCGGAACAGACGUAUCUGACAACAUCUGCGAGGAAACCUCAAGGAGGCACAUAGUUCUCAUCGUUGUUCUGGCUCUUGGGAUUGGGGCUUUAGCCAUACUUGGAAUUGUGUAUUGGCUAUGCAAAGGUAAACAAGAAGACGCACAUGGAAAGGUAAAGGUCUGUGUUGGAUCGUGUUUCGGAGAUGGAAGGCAGCCACUGAGAGAAACCAAAGUACUGAUAACCAACCCGACAGAUGCCACUGACGAGGAGUCCAUGAAGCUGCCUGAGCUCCAGUCCUCACAGGAGGAGGGCGGUGCGGGGACGCCGGAGGAAAACGAGGACCAGCAGAGCCAGGAGAUAUCAGCAGGUCUAUUUCUCACUGAGAAUGGAAAGUUGGUGACUGAGGAGCAUGGGAAAUCGUCACACCUGUCACGACAGGAAUCCCAACCACAUACAAUUACUGACAGCUACGCUAGUACCGCUUUCACACCAACGACUUAAUCAGGGUAACACCCAGGUCGACUGUGUGCUUCAGUGGGGUAACCCUCCUCGAUCUGCUCGGCUUCGCGACCCAGGUAGCUACUAGUCUUCCUUGUCCACCUGCUGCAAUAAAUAUGCAGAGAAGGAGAAAUCACUGCACAAAAUCCGAUAUGUAUUUGUGCUUUAUUUAUCUUUCCCUAUUGUACAAUGACUAAUUCAAGUAGCUAUGAGACAUUAGUUCUACUAAUAUACAGACAGGCUGCAGUAUGUGAAUAUGUCAUCUGUUUACUGACUAUGGCGUGAUAGCCCGGUCCAUUUCUGCAUUUAAGGUACUGUAAUGCAUUGCAACCGGGUUGGGGACCAAGGUUAUUUCUGAAUUGCCAUAAAAGCGACAUACCCAUGUAGACUGAAUGGUCUGAACACUGAUCAGACAACCCUGGUUAAACCUGGUCAGUGGUGUGAAAGAGGUCUAGGAUCAUAGCGGACAGUCCAGUAUGAACUGUUAUGAAUGUAACCCGUUGUGUAUCUGUUUCCUUUUGUAUCUAGAUGUACAUACCGGUAGUAGCGAUAUAUUUAAAUAAUGUGUUUAAAAGAUGACGUUACGGUAAAUAGAUAUUAGAAGAUAGUGUGACAAUACUAUAGUAUAUGGCUUUACUGCAUUAGUUUUAAGGUUGGUAGCAUUUGUUUUUUAAUUGUAGGCUCAUUUUUACUGUUUACAUUGUAUUUGAAUGUGAUCCAUUUUUAUGUUCAUUCUUCCCAAGAAGAAGACUUGUGUACAUAAGUAUAAGCUACUUGUAUACAUUUGCACAAGGUGUGUUAUGAAGUGUUAUGCUGCAUGGAAACAGCAUGUCAUUUAAAAGCCUUUUUACUUGCAUUAAAAUGUAUGCAUCUCGAAUGUUAA